AUGCCACCUGCUCUUUCUAACGACGGCCGGUAUGCUGCCAUCACCACAGAAAAGGAGUUAAGAAUCCAUUCUCUUCAGGGAGACGGAGAUGUUCGGCCAAUUUCUCUACAGGACUUAACUGGACCUGUGAAAUUCUUACAAUGGGCAAGCCUGGAUUCUGUCAAGUCACUUUCGCUUGGGCGAAGCGAUGACAAUACCAACAUGCAACGCGUUUUAUGCGCCGGCGGAAAUCAAAUCUUUGUUUAUGAUGCCAAAGACGAGUCCUGGUCCGCCAAAAUAGAUGCUGGAGAGAGUGUCACCUUCGUACACGUGAACUUCUCUCCAUCACCAGAUGAAGUCAUUGCUAUACCUGAAUUCAACACGCAUCUAGCAAUAUUCUCCCUACUCACAGGCCAACAGCGGGUUAUCAAGGCUCCAAAAUUCGCUGGGCCAGCGACUUACGCCUUUCGACCUAAUUCAGGGCAUCUUGCUGUUCUGUCAAAGGGUCAAUCAGGCGAUGUUCUAUCAAUACAUGAAGCUGAGACCUAUGAGACUAUUACAGCUGUGAACCUUACGACUACAGAUGUGAAGGGAUUAAAAUGGAGUCCUGACGGGCAUUGGAUUGCGGUUUGGGACACCGCUAGUCAAGGAACUAUGGUGGUGAUUUAUACGGCGGAUGGUCAGCAAUUCAGAAGUUUUGAAGGCUCUAAAAUAGGGGAUGACAACCAAGAUUUUGGCGUGAAAACCGUCGAAUGGAGCCCUGAUUCUCAGGUGCUCGCCAUCGGCCGACAUGAUGGAACUAUCGAGUUGAUAACCGGAACAACGUUCGUACUAUUAGCAGUGCUCGGAGAUCCAACAACAGAACCAAUCGGGCGUGAUGUUUAUGUCGAACACGAGUCCAGCACGCCAGAUAUAACAGAAUAUAUGCUGGCCCCAGAGUCACCGGUGUUUCCAUAUACUUAUAAUUCAUCUACCGAGGACCGCAUCGUGUCAAAUAUAUCAUUCAACCCUACGAGUGGGACGGUUGCAACGAUUGACGAAAGCAUGCCGAACAUCGCCUGGAUGUGCAUCAAACAGCUGUGCUGGAAUAGUGAAAUCCCGGAUCUCCUUAUGACCGUAAGCGGAGACGAUACAUCGUUAGCGGUGCAUCAAUGGUUAUGUGGACGCAGCCCUCGAGGAGCCAUACUCCGUAGCCUGCGUGGACGGUCCGAAGCAGCUUGGAUCAAGACGGAUAGGGAAAUGAGCGGGCUUUUCUGGGUUGGCGGCCAGAGGGGAUACGAGAUGGGAUAUCUUGUCGGCACAGGACAGUUGACCCAGAUGUAUAAAGUAGCCAGCAUAGAUGCACCGCAUCCUGCUCUAAUCAUACCCCACUUGAAUUUUGGCAAACUGUUUUUUGGCGACAAAGACGACUUUCUCCCUGUCGCUGAUUCUCCUCGUCGACAACGAUCCGCAAGCUCAUCCAAAAUGGCACCAUCAGCAUCCGCCGGAGGCAAGAAGCAAAAGAAGAAGUGGUCCAAGGGAAAGGUCAAGGACAAGGCCAACCACGCCGUCAUUCUCGACAAGACUACCUCCGAGAAGCUCUAUAAGGAUGUCCAGUCCUACCGAUUGAUCACCGUCGCAACCCUCGUCGACAGACUAAAGGUCAACGGUUCUUUGGCCCGUCAAGCGCUCGCCGAUCUCGAGGAGAAGGGUCAAAUCAAGAAGGUCGUUGGACACUCCAAGAUGAACAUCUACACCCGUGCCGUUGCCGCCGAGUAA